AGGCAUUGCCUUUGCCUGCCGUCGAUAUGUGUCAUUAUUUCGAUUCGAAUUGUAGAAAUUCAAAACCUAAUUGAUCAGCUUUUCGACCAGUAUUUCAGUGCAUGCGCUCGGAGGAUCGAGGAUAACCGGAGCGAUGGCUGGACGCCACAUUUGCUGCGAUGGCUGUCAGAGGCAGGACUUCCGGGGUCGCCGCUUCCGCUGCAUGCGCUGCGUGAACUAUGACCUUUGCGGCGACUGCUACGACCAGCGGAUCGAGACGCAGCAACACCGCUGCGACCAUCCCAUGCAGCUGAUCCUUGAGUCGCAGGACGGUCGACCGCUGCUGGGCGGCGAUGUGCCGGAUCUGGUGCACCUGUCCAAUUGCUAUAGCUGUCCGUACUGCAACCAAUUGGGGCACUCGGCCAAGCGGCUCAUAGAGCAUGUUUGUGGACAGCACCGACUCGCCGAUACCUAUGUGGUCUGUCCCAUGUGCGCCGGCCUUCCCGCCAUCCACCUGGUGGCCAUUCGCAACCUGGCGCGCCACCUCCUGCUCAACCACAUCGAGCACGCCAAUCUCCUGGAGCCGGACACACCGCCUCUGCGCCGCAUUUUGGUCCGGAGUCGCAUCCGCCGGCGCCGUCAGUUGCAACAGCAGCAGGGGUAUCCACAGCCCCAGACAAGGGGCUUCGAUAUGAUCCUGCAGCUGGGCCGAGUUCCGGGUCACUCCGAUCUCCAGAUGCCCACCAUCGACCUCACUGGAGAGACCAACAAGCAGGAGGUUCGCCAAGUUCGCAGCCCGGCCAUUGUGGCACCACCAAAACGGCAAUCUGAGCGGCAUCUGCUGCUGCAGUGGAUCGCCCAGCAGGAGCUGAGGUGCCAGGAAACGGAAGCAACCGGAAGUCUGAGGCGGAGGCACGGCCUUUUCGUGGAUCACUUGCUGGCUUCCAUGCUGUGCUGCGAGGAGCUUCAGCUGCCGGAGAAGGAUGCGAUCACCGGAAGUGGGCGGGAUAGGGAUCAGCACGGCCUGUCCAAGGUCAUGUCGCUGAUGUCCUUGCCCUGGACCAGAGCCUGGCAGGCCACCCAGCAGGGCGGUUCGCAGGGGGAGGGCAAGUCCCAGGACGCCAGCAGGGAUCAGACCGAUUUGGGCGACGGGAGGGAGCCUCAAACGGAGCAGGAAAAGGCCGACACGGAGGAGGCUAUUGACUAGCUGCAUCCUCACAAUUUUGUCUUUGUUUUAUUCUCACAUUUUUUGAACCCGGUGUUUGGUUGUGUUUAUAAUUCAAUGCAAAGACAUCAAAAUUGUUGUGUAAUCCAUCCGAAUCCACCACUUUGUUGCUGUUGUCAAAUAUCAAAUAUCAAAUGCCACGAGUGCCGCAGAAAAA